UACGGUGUCAUCAGCCAGCCCCUCCUCCUGCAUGACGGUGUCACCUGCCAGCUCCUGUGCUACGGUGUCAUCAGCCAGCCCCUCCUCCUGCGUCACGGUGUCACCGGCCAGCCCCUCCUCCUGCGUCACUGUGUCACCAGCCAGCUUCUUCUCCUGCGCCAUGGCGUCACUAGCCAGCUCCGGCUCCACAGUGUCACCAGCCAGCUUCUCCCGCUCCAGUGCCACGGUGUCAUCUACCAGCUCCUCCUCCCUCGCCAAGAUAUCAUUGCCACCAGCUCCCGCUCCACACCGUUACCCACUGCUCCACAGCGCCAUCGGCCAGCUCCUGCUCCACGCAGUCAACUUCCUGCUCCUGUUACACGCCACCAGCCAGUUCCUGCUCCAAGGUGUCACCAGCCAGCUCCUGCUCCUACGCCACGGUGUCACCUGCCUGCUCCUGCUCCACGCCGUUACCUACUGCUCCACGGGGUCACCGGCCAGCUCCUGCUCCAUGCAGUCAGCUACCUGCUCCAGCUCGACAGUGUCACCUCCAGUUCCGGCCUCCAGCCAGCUCCUGCGCCACAGUGUCGCCUGCCAGCUCCUGCUCCUUCGACAUGGUGUGACCUGCCAGCUCCUGCCCCUGCUCCACGCUGUCCCCAACCAGUUCCAGCUCCACGGGGUCACCAGCCAUCUUCUGCUCCCUGCUUCACGCAGUCUCCAGCCAGUUCCAGCUCCACGGGGUCACCAGCCAUCUUCUGCUCCUGCGCUGUGGUGUCUUCAGCCUGCUGCUGCUCUACGGGGUCACCAGCCAGCUCCUGCUCCUGCUCCUGCUCCUGCUCCUUGGUCUCGCCGGCCGACUCCCACUCCUGUGCCGCGGUGUCAUCAGCCAACUCCGCCUGCUCCUGCGGCGCACUGUCACCAGCCGGCUCCUACUGCUGCUUCUCGGGGUACCUGGCCGCACUUCCACUGCGUGGGAGGUGGACUUCAGAGAAGCCCAGCCUUCAGUAAGGUGGCAUGGUUUGAUACGGGACAGUCAAGCAACUAGGUAAAAUGUCUUAGCCAAAAGGUAGUUAAGGAGUACAUUUAAACCAUUUCCCAUUACCCUUGUGGUUCACUAUGCCACGUUAGAAAGAGUAAAUAGUGGUAUACAAUAGUAUUGUAUACCAAGCGGGGAGUGUGCUGUCUUGUCAAUAGUUGGGUGUAAGUGUUCCCCCUGGUGUUAAUAUCGGGUACUGCAUCUAAAGGAUCAGAUUUCCUGUUGCUACGCGAUGCGCUUGCUUUCUGACCAACCUGAAACAAGCCGUUGCCAUGUUCUUCACCUGAAAACGAAAUCGCUAAAAACCUAGAGAUGGAACUAACAUUUUACAAAUUGGUAUGGUUCAAGAAGUCUUCAGUAAAGCAUUGAAAACUGGA